CAGUUAGAGCAGCAGCAGCAGCAGCAGCAGCAGCCACAGCAGCAGCCGCAGCGAGCGGCGCUCGGCGGGCGCGCCCUCCUGAAGGAAGCCGCCCGCCCCCCAUCACCGUCCCCUCCGGCGUGUUCAUGCCCCCGGGGCCCCAGGGAGCGCCAUGGCCCGAGCACGCCAGGAGGGCAGCUCCCCCGAGCCCGUAGAGGGCCUGGCCCGCGACGGCCCGCGUCCCUUCCCCCUCAGCCGCCUGGUGCCCUCGGCCGUAUCCUGCGGCCUCUGCGAACCCGGCCUGCCUGCUGCCCCCGCCGCCCCCGCCCUGCUGCCCGCCGCCUACCUCUGCGCCCCCACCGCCCCGCCCGCCGUCACCGCCGCCCUGGGGGCCCCCCGCUGGCCUGGGGGUCCUCGCAGCCGGCCCCGAGGCCCGCGCCCCGACGGCCCACAACCCUCACUCUCGCCCGCGGAGCAGCACCUGGAAUCGCCAGUGCCCAGCGCCCCGGGGGCCCUGGCGGGCGGCCCCACCCAAGCGGCCCCGGGAGUCCGGGGGGAGGAGGAGCAGUGGGCCCGAGAGAUCGGGGCCCAGCUGCGGCGGAUGGCGGACGAUCUCAACGCGCUGUACGAACGGCGGAGACAAGAGGAGCAGCAGCGACACCGCCCCUCCCCCUGGAGGGUCCUGUACAAUCUCAUCAUGGGACUCCUGCCCUUACCCAGGGGCCGCGGAGCCCCCGAGAUGGAGCCCAAUUAGGUGCCUGCACCCGCCCGGUGGACGUCGGGGACGUGGGGGGCAGGACCUUCCCACCUCCUGACGCCCUGGCCAGUGCGGGGGACUUUUUCUGCACCAUGUAGCAUACUGGACUACCAGCCCUGCCUGUCCCAGGGGCGGGCCAGGGCAGCCACUCCGGACCCAGCCCUGGCCUAGCCUGCGGGGCACUGACGGAGAUGUGGACUCCUGGGUCCCUGGCUGAGGAGCCAGGGGAGAGAGGGCUGACGGACUCAGCGUCUGAAGGCGGCGGUGACCGAGGCGGUGGGGACUGAGCCGCCCGCCUCUGCCGCCCAUCACCAUCUCAGGAAAGGCUGCUUGGUGCUGGCUGCCCGUUCCAGCUGCAGGGGUGACACUGGUGUGGGGGGGUGUCUCUCUCUCUCUCUCUCCCAGUGUUCCUUCACUUUGGGCCUGGCCUCAGGCCCCUGGUGCUUCCCCCCCUCCUCCCGGGGAGGGGGCCCGUGAAGAGCAAAUGAGCCAAACGUGACCACUAGCCUCCUGGAGCCAGAGAGUGGGGUGUGUCUGACGGCCGCCCCAGCCCAGCGCCCAGCCAUCUUCCCUGAGCCAGCCGGCGGGUGGUGGGCAUGCCUGCCUCACCUUCAUCUGGGGGUGGCCAGGAGGGGCCCAGACUGUGAAUCCUGUGCUCUGCCCGAGACCACCCCCCGCCCCCCCAUCAAUCCCAUUGCAUAGGUUUAGAAGAGAGCACGUGUGACCACUGGCAUUCAUUUGGGGGGUGGGAUAUUUUGGCGGAAACCGCCCCAGCCUUAGUCCCCAGGGCGAAGCGCUGGGGGGAA